ACAUCCUGGACAUAAGAGACUAGCGGCGCACAUAAUGAAAUAAGGGAGGAAGAAACUAGCAAAAGAUCCCUGCGCGGUCAGACAUGGAAAGAUGUACAUAUUCCUCAAAAACGGAAUCCUAAACGAGUCUAGGUAGGGUUCGCGAAACACGAAUCGACGUUUCAGCCCGAGGCACAUGUUAGAAGAUGCGCAGAGAAACGGUCUGCUACAGAAUAGCAGGCUAACGUUAGAUGCCUUUACUGAAAAAGGCGCAGGAUAUAGCAAUGCAGGCCGGUGAAUUGGCGUUAGCAAAUAAACGUAGCGGUAGCAUAAAUACUCUGGCAUAAUAACUCUUAAUAUUUUUCAUCGCGCUGUGGCUUUUAUUGCAAAUACACUGGCUAAUCGAAUCAGCGGGUCAUCCAGCAUUCUUGGGAGACACCGCGGCAAGCAAGCGACGCAGGCCUGUUGGAAAGGACUGAAUACAUUGAGACAUUCUCCUCAAGCAAUGGUUUGGUUUAUGCCCCGAGCAUAAUGUAAUGGAAACUUAAGUACUGACACUGGUAAAAUAAUCACAACUCUCAAAGGCUAACGUCGGUGGAGGUAUUGCAAGGUUGUCGGGAAUGCGACCUUCGGUAGGAUUUCCAUUUUCAGUUUAUUGUUUGUUUUUCGGUGUUUUUUGGGGGGAGAGCCACUUGUGUCCAACAAUCUACGCGGUAGUCUAGAAAUCCAGCAAACCCCAAGUUAACACCACAGCCUGGCAAUAUCGCAUUGUCUUUCUGUUAAACUUGACAUCGGGAACCACUGUCGAGGACCAUGGACCAAGAGGCAAUGUCGGAAUGAUUUUCACGGAUGAUGAAGAAGAACGCAUCUACUGAUGGCCAAGUCAUUCGUGGAGUCAAGGAGACCGACACAAUUUGGAAUCUGAACACACAUUAGCCGGAAUGAGAUAAUAGCGCGGGGCCGGCGUAUUGCAAGAUAACCUUGACACUGGUCCCCCGCAGAUUCCAAUUAGAAUACAAAAAAUAAACCAUGACUACGCCGGCUCUUUUGCCUCUGUCGGGCCGCAGGAUACCGACCCUGCCGCCCGGCGCCUCGUCCUUCCCCCACCACAGAGCCACGCUACGGCUCUCCGAGAAGUUCAUCCUCCUCCUCAUACUCAGCGCCUUCAUUACGCUGUGCUUCGGAGCCUUCUUCUUCCUGCCGGAUAAUUCCAAGCAGAAGCGCUUCGACCUGGGACUGGAGGACGUGCUGAUACCGCACAUUGAGCCCGGCAAGGAAGGCAAGCACAGCGGAGGGCAGGUGAUCAUACACGGCCCAGGAGGACACGACGAGCACCGACACAACAGGCUGGAGGAGGAGAGCUUGCGGGACAAGAUCCGCGCGGACCACGAGCGGGCGCUGCAGGAGGCCAAGGAGAAGCUGCGCAAGUCCCGCGAUGAGCUGAACGCUGAGAUCCAGACCGUCAAGAGCCGGCUGGCCGAGGAGCGCAAGGAGAAUGCAGCCGGAGGAGCGGGAGGAGGAGGAAGAGGAGUAGGGGGCGGCGGAGGAGGUGCUGCUGGAGGUGGUGCUGGUGGAGCAGGGGGAGGGGGUGUAGGGCCCAAGCCUCUGCCCCCUGUGCCACUGCCCAAGCUGGGGGGCAUCGACGACGGCGACCCUGGAGAUCCGGACGUGAAGGAGAAGAGGGAUAAGAUCCGAGAGAUGAUGAAGCAUGCGUGGGACAGUUAUCGGCAGUACGGCUGGGGACACAACGAGCUGAAGCCGCUGGCCAAGAAAGGACAUUCCACUAACAUCUUCGGUAAUUCCCAGAUGGGGGCCACCAUAGUGGAUGCGCUGGACACGCUCUUCAUCAUGGGCCUGAGGGACGAGUUCAAGGACGGCCAGGAGUGGAUCACACAGAACCUGGACUUUGGAGUGAAUGCUGAGGUGUCCGUGUUUGAGGUCAACAUUCGCUUCAUUGGAGGACUGCUGGCUGCUUACUACCUGUCUGGACAAGAGGUGUUUAAAGUGAAGGCUGUCCAGUUGGCUGAGAAGUUGCUCCCUGCCUUCAACACUCCCACAGGCAUCCCCUGGGCCAUGGUCAACCUCAAGAGUGGUGUGGGCCGUAACUGGGGCUGGGCGUCUGCAGGCAGCAGUAUCCUGGCUGAGUUCGGCACGCUGCACAUGGAGUUUGUCCACCUCACCUACCUGACCGGCAACCCAGCGUACUACCAGAAGGUGAUGCACAUACGGAAGCUGCUGGCCAAAAUGGACCGCCCCAACGGCCUCUACCCCAACUACCUGAACCCUCGCACAGGACGAUGGGGCCAACAUCACACGUCUGUGGGUGGUCUGGGCGACAGCUUCUAUGAGUACCUGCUGAAGGCCUGGCUCAUGUCUGACAAGACUGACAGCGAGGCCAGGAAGACCUACGACGACGCCAUCGAGGCCAUCGAGCGUCACCUGAUCCGCAAGUCCAAUGGCGGCCUGACGUUCAUCGGCGAGUGGAAGAACGGCCACCUGGAGCGUAAGAUGGGUCACCUGACGUGCUUCGCCGGGGGCAUGUUCGCCCUGGGGGCCGACGGCUCGCCUGACGACAAGGCCGGACACUACCUGCAACUGGGGGCCGAGAUCGCACACACCUGCCACGAGUCAUACGACCGCACAGUCCUGAAGCUGGGUCCGGAGGCCUUUAAGUUUGACAGUGGUCUGGAGGCGGUGGCGGUGCGUCAGAAUGAGAAGUACUACAUCCUGCGGCCCGAGGUCAUCGAGACCUACUGGUACAUGUGGAGGUUCACACACGACCCCAAGUACAGGCAGUGGGGCUGGGAGGCCGCGCAGGCCAUUGAUAAGUACUGCCGUGUGAGCGGGGGCUUCUCGGGGGUGAAGGACGUCUACUCCUCCAACCCCACCUAUGACGACGUGCAGCAGAGCUUCUUCCUGGCCGAGACGCUCAAGUACCUGUAUCUGUUGUUCUCCGGUGAUGACUUGCUGCCUCUGGAGAGCUGGGUGUUCAACACGGAGGCGCACCCCUUACCCGUGCUGCACAUGGCCAACAUCACCCUUGCCGGCAGCCAGCCGCAACGAUAGAUACACAUACACAUACACACACACACACUCCGCUACCGCAACACAACACACACUCCCACACUCGUUCUCUCUCUCUCACUCUCUUCUUGUCUCUCGUACUUGCUAUCUCUCUCUCUCUCUCUCUCUCUCUCUCUCUCUCUCUCUGUCUCUCUCUCUCUCCCUCUCUCACCAUACGUAGGCCAGCCAUCCUCGUCACAACGACCAGCCCCUCCUCCCACACAAACUCUCUGUGCUUCUCUCUUUCUCAUGCCCUCUGUAUCUUUGGAUCUGUGGCUCCCUCCCUCUCUCUCUUUCUCUGUGAUCUCCAUCAAAGACUGCUGGGGCAUGGGGAGCCGAGGAGAGGAGAGGAAGUGCUGCCCACCUCGUGACUGACAUGCAGAGGGAGACUAUGGAUGCAGAGCCACAACAUGGAGGAGAGGAAUAGAGUGGAGUGGAGGACACGAGAGGACAGAACACUCCAGGCUGGUGGACGAAUCUGGAAUACUGUGGAACUAUGGAACUCUGGAACUGACAUUUGCCCACUGCUCUGAAGAUAGGAAUAUUCACUCCUCUCUGUCUCUGUCUCUGUCUCUGUUUUUGUCUCUUUCUCUCUCUCUCUCUCUCUCUCUCUCUCUCUCUCUCUCUCUCUCUC